AUGUCGCCACACAUUGGCCCGUCUCAUACCGACCCACGCAGAUUCGCGUCUGCCACCUACAACUUAAGCGCUCGGCAGUCGGUAACAAUGCACAUAUUCCUUCGUUGCCUACGAGCAUGCCCCUGGACGCCCAUCUUGCACGCGUUGGUCACCCAAUGGGACCAUCGCCAUGGGCGUGUCAAACACACUAUGAAGAUCGUCAACGACUGUCGACAACGGUGUAUGCACCUGCGUUCGAUGGUCGCAAUCACAGUCGCGCUCAUCCUUUUACACCAAUAUAGCGCGUUCCGGCUGCUGUCAGUCCGGGUAACGGCGUGCUGGUGGGGACGUUACCCUCGGGGUGUCCAGAUGAGAUUGUCGACACAGCAUGUGGACGGCAUCCCCACAACAGGGCUGCUGCACAAGCUGCGGAGUGCUGACAGUGGUCGCGCUCGUUCUCUGGGUAUCUCCCUAAGCGGGCGAUGCGUCAGACACCCAAUGGCACGUUCCAGGCUGAAUGCGGCCUGGGUAAGGGCGUCGCGGGGUGGAGGUCACUGCUCUCUCACGGGGGCACCCUCGGACGAGACUAGCGGCACCAUUGACGGAAUAUAUUGUAUUGCACAGGAAUGUCCAAGGAGGCUCACAGGUCGCAUUCGGCGGCGGCGAGGAGAAACGGCGGUUGCGCUCGUCCUUCAGGCUUGCUCGCAAGAGACAAUGCUCUGGACACCGUAUACCGAACGUUCCGGCUGCGCUCCGUAUGGCCUAGUUGCCAGCGAGUCUGUCAGUCCGGGUAACGGCGUCAUCGGGGUGGGGUUGCUACCUCUGGUGCACCCGGAGAGACUAGCAACAUGA